UGAUGACCCAGAGGUGAGAGCUCUUGCUAUGCUGCGGAAAAAUACCCCUUCGCAUGUCAUAGUUCGCAGAUUGUAGGGAUAAUUCGAGUUUUCUGGCUAAUCUCGAUGCACAAAAGCACGCGAACUACCAAAACAGGAACGCAAUAUGUGUUUUCCGAACACGCCUGCCUCAAUCAAGGUUUUAGCGGCCUUCUGUUUCUGCGUGAACAUGUUCAACCUGAUAUAUCUGUUCAUGCGCUACCAAGACCUGCUGCCUCCAGACGCGCGGCUUGUAAAGCAAGAAAUCGAGAAAGUCAUGCCCGACGUCAAGAACCUCGACAAGUACUUGACUCGGAGAGACGGGGCUCUCUUCCUGGGCAGCCUCGCGGGAACCAGCGUUAUGUUCGAUUUCAUCCUUUACGUGGGAGUAGAACGCCAACAGCCCAGCCUGAUCCUGAGCGCGUGGCUUUGGGGCGUCGUCGACUGUUCCGUCGAUGCCGCCGUUGGGAUCGCGUCGGGAAAUUGGACCUUCAUGGACUGGCUUGCACUAGAGCCAGAAAACUACACGACUGAGCCCGUAGAAACGUCUCUACACUUAUACAGAAGGAUGUACGGCAACACUACCGCGCAGCAGACGACGUCUACGACCAUAGCCACUGAUGAAGGGCCUCGUGGCAACGACACCGAGUACGCCCGAGGUCGGAAAAAGCCCAUAUACAGGAAGGCACACGGCAGUGCUACCGUGUCACAUAAGAUGACGAAAAUCAAUGCCACCGGAGGUGAUCGUCGUACCGUGCACGCUCCAUCUCAGAAAGUAUUGGUAAGCGGCUACGAGUCCAUCGCGGCCAAUUCUACGGCCUACCGACUUACAGAGGAGCAAACUGCCGUGCUCGUCGUCUACAUCAUAUUGCGCCUGGCAUUCAAGCUCAUGGCCCUGGCGGGCAUCAAGGACUACUCGAGCUACGUGAUGACUCAGCGCCAGAGGCGGCAGCUGGAGAAGCGACGAGACUACGAGGCCCAGCAGACGAACAUCAUGGACCCCAGCGGGGUUCAGACGCAGGACUCGAUGCGCGGCUUCUCGGUGCCCUUGCCAGUGAUGAUGCCGCCUGGCGAGCUCGCGCCCAUGCCGCCGGAACCCCUGGCGCCCCCUCCAGGCCACGUGACGCCCCCUCCAGGCCCCCUGCCGCACCCUCCAGGCCAUCUGCCACCCCCUCAAGGCCCCCUGCCGUACCCUCCAGGCCCCGUGACGCCCCCUCCAGGCCCCCUGCCGCACCCUCCAGGCCCCCUGCCGCACCCUCCAGGCCACCUGCCACCCCCUCAAGGCCACCUGCCACCCCCUCAAGGCCCCCUGCCGUACCCUCCAGGCCCCAUGCCGCACCCUCCAGACCCCAUGCCGCACCCUCCAGGCCACCUGCCACCCCCUCAAGGCCCCCUGGCGCACCCUUCAGGCCCCAUGCCGUACCCUCCAGGCUCCCUGCCGUACCCUCCAGGCCCCCUGCCACACCCUCCAGGCCUCAUGCCGCAUGUAUUACCGCCGGCUCCCCUACAUGGAAGUGCGGAGGCCAACGACGCCCUGGUUCCCUGGAGUUCUCCCCACCCAUAGGAAAUACGUAUUCGACGACAUUGUAAACUUCCCACGUAAUAUUACGUGUCCGAAUAUCUAUUUGUCCACCUCUUCUUUUAGCGCCCUCGGUGAUGCGCAGAGGGACGAGCAGUGUCGGUCAGUAACCCAUUGUCAAGUUCCUAAGGUGAUUCCAAGUACGUAGCCAGCAAGACCGACAUUAUUUUUGGGCACAUAGCACGAUGUGAUGUCCUGGUUGUAGUUAUACAAAAAAUUGUCAAACGCGACACAAAGCGGUGCUAGGUUUUUGACGGAUCGGGUAAAUGGAAGAUGUUGUGGUGUCGGUGAUUCUCGUGUGAAUACGUUUUCCACAAAAAGUGACACGCUUUUGUUAUUGCUUUGCGCAUUCUACGCCACUGCAGAAUGUGAGCUAAAAAAAAUUCCGCUACAUGGAGUAAGCAAAGCACGUGUUCACGCUCUUAAAUGAGAUGUGCGACACAUCUAGAAUGAAGUGAUAUAGUAGACGCAAAAUCAUGCUGUCUUUAACACCUGGAGAAAAUUUGACAAAUUUGCAGAAACCUGGAAAUGCACAAUAUCGGUCUAAAAAAAUCACUCGUGUUGUUUUUCCUAUCGUUUCUUAAAGUGCUCUCCUUGUUCGAAUACGCAUGAUGACACAGUGUGAUAUCAUUGCCCUCUUGGCACAGUGACGGGCGGACUUCAACUUACGUCACGAGAAAUCGUUGCUCUAAAUAAAG